AUUCAAUGGAAUCAAAGAGCCCAUAGAACGUCUCUCACAGCACACACAGAAAAAUCAGAAAGUGGGGCGGCCUGACCAUUGGGAACACAGGUGGGUACUGAUGGCCAAAAGAAUGAACAUGGUAAUUCUGCUUGCUGCUUUUGCAAUGGCACUGCGUGGUGCGGAGGCAGCAUUGUACGUGGUAGGAGAUGCUCUCGGCUGGCAAAACCCUCCCAAUUCCUCUUUCUACUCCUCUUGGGCCUCCUCUCACAAUUUCGCUGUUGGUGACACUCUCCUAUUCAACUUCACCACCGGAGUACAUGCCGUCGCCACCGUUUCACAGGAUGCUUAUAAUAAUUGUAACACUGGCAAUACUCUGAGUGUUGCAAACACUGGUCCAGCAAAUAUUACUCUCAAUGCCUCGGGUAUGCACUAUUAUUUUUGUACCUUUCCUGGACACUGCUCUAUAGGCCAAAAAUUAGCUGUUAAUGUUGGUCUCUCCCCCUCCUUUACCCCCUCACCGCCUGGCACCACUGCCAGUCCACCACCACCACCACCACCACCUCGCAGCUCAUCAGCAUCAAGUAAUAUUGUUUCUAAUGUUGCUUUGAUGUGGAUGUCCAUAGUCAUGGGUUUCAUGUACAUCUAGGAGUUUUUAUAUAUAUUUAGUUCUGUGUAUGAUAGUGGCUUGUACUUCUUCUGUGGACAAUUAUUCACUUCAUGGGUAAUUGAUUGGCUGAUACUUUGUAAUUUGUAUUUGAAUAAAACUGUCUGAUUUCUAGAUUAA